AUGAGUCCCAGUUCUUCUGACAAAGACCGGUCUGCUCCUGCUGCUGUCUACAACGCUGCGUCUCUUCUUGCAGCGUACGAGACGUGGGUGGGCAGCCACACGGGCUUAGCGCGCAAUGUCGAGACGGCACUGUAUGUAGUACCGCAAUUGGUGCCGAAACGUGCGAUGGAACCGGAAGUCGCAGCACAAGUUGGGUACUCGUUCGUUGGACUGCUGCAUUUGUAUCAUGAUUACGUGCUGUGGAAAAAAGAACACACGCACGAAGCAGAGCAGCCGCUGGCCCGUCAAAAGUUGACACGCUUGAUUCGUAUACCGCUGUCGGUGAUCGCUCACGUACAAGUGUCGGCAGAAGUCGUGGCUCGGAAGCUUGGCAGCGACGUUGGCAAGUGGCGUCUCAUUGUGUGGGUGGAAGCUGUCAAGGGUGUGCUUCUUCUCAUACUUCUUGCUCAGCGACGUCGUGCUAUGCUCAUACGCGGAGGCAAGUACAAGGGUGUGGAGUCAGUGCCUCCGUUGUCUCCGUUUGCCCGGUUCAGGAAAGCCAAGAAGCCUGGUGCUCGAACGGGCAAGACGUUUGGAAGAGCUGCGGCGUCAGAACCUAGUGCAUUGACGGAAAAGCGCAUCGAUGAACCUCCCAACACGAUCACGUUCGAAGACGCUACAACUGAGCUCGCAGAAGGAUCUCGUGAGGAUCUUCUUAUGGCUGGAGAGGUCUGCCACAUAUUGCGGCCCGUGGUGUAUGCCUUGCUGCGUCGCCGCCGACCUCAGUCUUCAUGGACUCCCAUUGUCGUGUCGCUUCUCGUAGAGCUUUCCGGUCUGGCGCUGUCUACUGCAGCUGUCAAAUCCAUGGAACGUAAGAAGCCUACCUGUUCGGACAAGGCUAAGGAUGAAGUGGCAGCUCGAAAGAUGGCUCUUCUUUUCUAUUUGCUUCGCGACCCAGUAUUUGCCACUGUCACGAAGCCCGCAGUCGGAAAGGUAGCGGAAGUCAUGGACUGCGUGCCAGGCAUAGGCAAAUUGUUCCGCUUCGGGACGUCUGCUGUGCUGGACUACUACCACCAGUUUCACUUUUACACGUCAGCGUCGUAG